GCGGCUGCACUGGGAAGUCCAUCCCAGUCUGUCCCAGUUCCCUCAAAGGUCACGGAAUGGAGCGAGAACGGCUGCGGGCACUGGUGAUACUGGGAGUGCUGUCCCUGGCCAGAGGAGACCCCCCCGGUGCCUCCAGUCCGUUCCAGUACGACUGGUGUCACCUGCGCGUCGGUGGCCUCGUGGUGGCCGCGGUGCUGAGCGUGCUGGGGAUCGCCGUGCUCUUCACCGCCGCCGCCCCCCCCCGGAGCUACCACCCCCGUGUGGGACAGGAGCCUGAGAUGUCCCCAAGCGUCCCCAGAAUUGCCUCAAAGUGUCCCCAAAAUGUCCCCAAAUGGUCCUAAAUGUCCCCAAAAUGGCCCCAAAUGGCCACAAAAUGUCCCCAGAUGUCCCCAAAUGGCCUACAAUGUCCCCAAAUGUCCCAAAAUGGCCCCAAAAUGUCCCCAAAUGGCCCCAAGUGUCCCCAUAUGGCCCCAAAAUGUCCCCAAAUGGCCCCAAUUGUCCCCAAAUCCCCCAAAAUGUUCCAAAAUAUCCCCAAAUGACCCCAAAAUGGCCCCAAAUGGCCUCAAAUGGUCCCAAAAUGUCCCCAAAUGUCCCC